AUGUUGAGCUUAUCAAGGAAGGAUAUGAAGAAGACGUGCCUCUUGUGCAAAAAAAAGAAGGUAGUAGUUGGACUAUGUCAUGCAAUGGCUCAUUGCUAUCGAGGAGCAGUUCUGACUGGCAUCGCAAAGUCACUCCAACUAGAAACCAAUUUCCGCAGACAAACAAAACAAAUCGUUCAACACCGGAAAAUCGAUGAGUCUGUGAAGCAAACGGUCCGUGCGAUUAACAUGUUGGAUUCACGAGUUUAUCACACCCUAGCUGCGCUUUUUGGAUCUUUUCCGGAGGUCACCCAAUGCACCGUACUUUUGUGUCCGGCCAUGGGUAGUGAAUAUGCAGUAUUACAAGGAUCACAACAUGACAAUUGGAGAGUUUCUCGUUGA